AUGGCUCCACUCCAGCCCUUCAAGCUGGCUCAAGACAUCUUCCACGCUCAAGAGCAUUAUUUUUUGCACGAUGGGAUGGAGAUAAAGUUUGUGAGAUCUCAUCAAGUUCCACAGGGAUCGGUUGGUCACGGUGUUACAGAAACUAGACCUAAAUCUAAGAACACGAGACAUCAAAGUUUUGGAUUGGCUGAUGAUGGCUCAAGAGUGAGAAGCGUUGAAACUUUAUUGGAGUUCUCAGAUGUGCUCGAUUGCGUCUUACCUAAAGACCAGACUCACCUUAGCUUAACACAAGCCCCUGAAAGAUCAAUGCUUGACAGGCUCUUCGAAGAACUGAAUUCAAUAUCUGAGCUUUCGAUCUCGUUCGGUUCAAGUCGGACGUUGGACCUCAAAAUUUUCCCACUUUAUGGGAACCCCCCAAGAGUCGAUGAUUGGGAUGUACCUAUUGAUACAUUUUCAUCCGUUAUGUGGAGUGCGAUUGAUGAUAUUGACAUCCUCGGACCACGCUGUUCGGGUCUGGCGUCGACUAGCGAGUGUGCUCAGAGAGCUACCCUUGAGACCUCCUUAGCUUCUCUUGGGGUAAGCCAUGGCGACCCACCAGGUCGUUCGACGGCCGUUCGUGAACCGCCAUGGCUGUCAGCGAUGAAAAGGCUUGAUACUGAUGAAUGGCUACUUCCCUCGAACUCAUUAAGACCAUCCAAGUCACGUCGCGCCCGACGUUCUCGUACUGCGACUUCUGAACAUGCGACAACAAGUUUAGAGGCUAUAGAUUUUCCACUUCACUUACCACUCAAACUUGAUGGUAGAGCCAGCUGA